AUGGCCGCGCUUAACAACCUCGACAUUCCUGCGGCCAACGCUGCGGGCGGCACAGCCGAUCAGCAUCCGCCUAAGAGUCCCAUUUCAGACGAAGACCGAGCUCGACUGGAACGCAGCCUCGGACAUCGUCCUGAUCGUCACGAACUGGAGGAGAAGAACAUCCUCAAGCCUGGCAACCUGGCACCUUCGCUUCAAUCCGCCCGUGAUGAACUGCAAAAGUCGCAGCUCGCCGACAAGCUCGAAGGUCGACUCGAGCGUCGCCCUGAGAUCGAUGACCUGGUCUCUCGCGGCAUCCUCAAGGAUCAGUCGGUCGCACCUUCGCUUCAGGCAAAGCGGGACGAACUGCAGAAGCACCAGCUUACCGACAAGCUCGAAGGCAGAUUGGAGAGGAGGCCAGAGAAGGACGAUCUCGUCAAUCGGGGUAUCCUCAAGGAUCAGUCGGUCGCUCCCGCUCUGCAGGGAAAGAAGGAGGAACUGGAAAGAGCUCGACUUGGAAAUCAGCUGCAGAAGGAUCUCGAGUCGAGGCCCGACGUGGAUGCUCUCAAACGCAAGGGGAUCCUCCCUCACCAGGAAGAGCAGUGA